AUGGUUUGUCAUACAAGACCUAUUGAUUUUAUUGUUGAUAAGCCAGCUACAGACGAGGUCAAGCAGUCUACUGCGCUGUGCACACAGGGCGUGCAACUAACAGAGGCAGGGAAGCUGGAUGAAGCGUUCCAGCUGCUGAAUAAGGCGGUGGAGGCCGCACCAGCCAGAGCCGCCGCGUAUAAUGACCGCGCACAGCUGUUGCGGCUUAUGCAGAAGGAUGAUGAAGCGAUGGCAGACCUCGACCACGCGCUGCAACUAACCGAAGGCAGCAAGAGCCGUGCGCGCGCGCUCACGCUUUGUCAGCGCGGCGUGCUUCUACGCAAGCGCGGGCUAGACGACGCAGCGCGCGCAGAUUUCGCCGCCGCGGCUGAGUUGGGCAGCGGGUUCGCGAAGAAACAGGUAGUGGAACUCAAUCCAUACGCAGCGCUUUGCAACCAGAUGCUGAGUCAAGUAAUGAGAGGUGAAAAGGAAAUCAAGUUAUAAAAUUAUUUUUGUCAUACCAACCAAAAUUGUGAGUCUCUUUAAAAGUACCUAAUUUUAAGUGGCCAUUUGAUUUUUAUCAUGGAUUCUGGAUCGUAGGUACCUUAUUUACAAGACCUUAUUAGGCGGUUAUCACACUGCGCCGCGCUCCGUCGCGGAGCGCGGGGCGACAGAUUUUUU